CUUCACCAAACAGACAUGGCAUUUUUACGUUUAGCUUUUCUGGGCAUGACCCUCCUGCUCUCGUCAGCCUGGGGUCAGGCGACCUACGGGACGGGGUGCGGCACGGCCCUAGAGGACAUCCCCAACCCCGCCUCCGACAGCUGCACCUCAUUCUUCAGGUGUUACCGUAACCGUCAAUACAGCCUGCGCUGUCCCCUGGGUCAGGCCUUCGACUUUGACAGGUCUAGAUGCAGGGCCGACAACGAGGUCGACUGUCCCCUACAACUCCAGAGGUUCCAGGCGCCAGCAGUCCCCUCAUACCUCAAGCUAAAGACCCCCAACCAGGACAGAGAGAUUGAGAUCCGUGUAGUGCAGGUGCCACAUGGAGUCGAUCCCAACACCCUGCCCGUCUCGCCAGCCAGAGGGGCCCCCGCCACCAGACAUCUAGUCACACAGGGCCGCCAGACGAUCCUCGCCUCUAGAGACCAGCCUCAGACCGUCUUCAUUCAGCAGCCGCCCCCCGCCCCACAGGCCCCAGUCCUACCUCAAGGUCAGAUACCAGCCCCUGCCCAAGGUCAAGCUCUGCCCACUCAAACUCAGGGAGGGGUGCCGAUGUUCGUCCCCUACCAGGGUAACACAGAGGGGCACGGGACGCAGUGAUGACGUCAGUAAAUCCAACGUUUGGAACGGCGACACACAAAACUAUGACGUCACGAAAUGGACAACAACAAGCGAAGUAGCAUAAGUGACGUCACCAUGGGACAUGGGAGCGAAUGGGUUAAUUUUUGUUUUUAUCAUUGGAGGUUUUCUGGUCUUCAGUUUUUUUUUCUUUCUUACAACCAAAGAAUUGUUCUAGAAACUUCUAACAGCAUCAUCCGCACUCUUCUGCCAUUUGGGACUAGGUCUAGCAAACUUUUCAGCUUCGAAGGUUUUAAGAGGUUUUUUAUAGAGAAAUUAUUUAGUUUUGAAAGCUCAUCAAAGGAUGUACAAAAUUACUUUAAAAAAUGUGGUAUCACAAUUCUUUGGUCAAAUGUUAAUGUUUUACUGCACAGUAUCAAUUUACAUUUAUAAAUUACAUCUUUUUUUCAUAUAUAUAUAUAUAUAUAUAUAUAUAUAUAUAUAUAUAUAUAUAUAUAUAUAUAUAUAUAUAUAUAUAUAUAUAUAUAUAUAUAUAUAUAUAGUUUCCAUGUAAAUAUGUCAAUAGUUGGAUAUGUUACUCUGAUAAGUACGAAGAUUUCUUGUAUAUUUUAAAAUUAAAGAGGUAGUUUUGAGGUUAAUUCGGGAAUGUUUCAACUCUAGCGCAAAGAUAUGUGAUGGCUAGUUGAUGGCUAGUUGAUGGCUACAGUUGCUCAAUACGAUACAUCUAGCUUCAACUUUAUAAGUACAGGCGAACACACCACCAGUUA